UCACCAGAGAGAGAUUCAACCAGAGACCGCAGUGCCCAGAGAGAGGAUCAACCAGAAAGAGCAGUGACAGAAAGAAACAAACUUCUAGAGACUAGAUACAAGACAGGAUCCAGAGAUACUAGACAGAGAAGAAAGAGACACCAGAGUUAUGGAGAAACAUCACUGCGACUCUUGUGGGAAGAGCCUUUCCUCAUCCAGUAGCCUCCAGAAGCACAUGCUGAUCCACACUGGAGAGAAGCCCUACAGCUGUGACGUCUGUGGUAAAACCUUUAGACAGGUUGGUACUCUCAACGUUCACCGCAGGAUCCACACUGAAGAGAAGCCCUACAGCUGUGACCUCUGUGGUAAAACCUUUAGCCAGAUUGGCAAUUUCACAGCUCACCGCAGGAUCCACACUGGAGAGAAGCCCUACAGCUGUGACCUCUGUGAUGAAACCUUUAGCCUGGCUAAUACUCUAAACGUUCACCGCAGGAUCCACACUGGAGAGAAGCCCUACAGAUGUGACCUCUGUGGAAAAACUUUUAGCCAGGCUGGCAGUUUAAGAGGUCACCGCAGGAUCCACACUGAGGAGAAGCCCUACAGCUGUGACCUCUGUGGUAAAACCUUUAAAAAGGCUGGCCAUUUCACAGUUCACCGCAGGACCCACACUGAAGAGAAGCCCUACAGCUGUGACCUCUGUGGUAAAACCUUUAGCUUGGCUAGUACUCUCAAUGAUCACCGCAGGACACACACUGAAGAGAAGCCCUACAGCUGUGACCUCUGUGAUAAAACCUUUAGCCUGGCUAGUACUCUCAAUGAUCACCGCAGGACACACACUGAAGAGAAGCCCUACAGCUGUGACCUCUGUGAUAAAACCUUUAAAAAGGCUGGUCAUUUCACAGAUCACCGCAGGACCCACACUGAAGAGAAGCCCUACAGCUGUGACCUCUGUGAUAAAACCUUUAGCCUGGCUAGUACUCUCAAUGAUCACCGCAGGACACACACUGAAGAGAAGCCCUACAGCUGUGACCUCUGUGAUAAAACCUUUAAAAAGGCUGGCCAUUUCACAGUUCACCGCAGGACCCACACUGAAGAGAAGCCCUACAGCUGUGACCUCUGUGGUAAAACCUUUAGCUUGGCUAGUACUCUCAAUGAUCACCGCAGGACACACACUGAAGAGAAGCCCUACAGCUGUGACCUCUGUGAUAAAACCUUUAGCCUGGCUAGUACUCUCAAUGAUCACCGCAGGACACACACUGAAGAGAAGCCCUACAGCUGUGACCUCUGUGAUAAAACCUUUAAAAAGGCUGGUCAUUUCACAGUUCACCGCAGGACCCACACUGAAAAGAAGCCCUACAGCUGUGACCUCUGUGAUAAAACCUUUAGCCUGGCUAGUACUCUCAAUGAUCACCGCAGGACACACACUGAAGAGAAGCCCUACAGCUGUGACCUCUGUGAUAAAACCUUUAAAAAGGCUGGCCAUUUCACAGUUCACCGCAGGACCCACACUGAAGAGAAGCCCUACAGCUGUGACCUCUGUGGUAAAACCUUUAGCUUGGCUAGUACUCUCAAUGAUCACCGCAGGACACACACUGAAGAGAAGCCCUACAGCUGUGACCUCUGUGAUAAAACCUUUAGCCUGGCUAGUACUCUCAAUGAUCACCGCAGGACACACACUGAAGAGAAGCCCUACAGCUGUGACCUCUGUGAUAAAACCUUUAAAAAGGCUGGUCAUUUCACAGUUCACCGCAGAACCCACACUGAAGAGAAGCCCUACAGCUGUGACCUCUGUGAUAAAACCUUUAGCCUGGCUAGUACUCUCAAUGAUCACCGCAGGACACACACUGAAGAGAAGCCCUACAGCUGUGACCUCUGUGAUAAAACCUUUAAAAAGGCUGGCCAUUUCACAGUUCACCGCAGGACCCACACUGAAGAGAAGCCCUACAGCUGUGACCUCUGUGAUAAAACCUUUAGCCUGGCUAGUACUCUCAAUGAUCACCGCAGGACACACACUGAAGAAAAGCCCUACAGCUGUGACCUCUGUGAUAAAACCUUUAGCCUGGCUAGUACUCUCAACGUUCACAGCAGGAUCCACAAGGGAGAGAAGCCCUACAGCUGUGACGUCUGUGGUAAAACCUUUAGCCUCCCUAGUACUCUCAAUGAUCACCGCAGGACCCACACUGAAGAGAAGCCCUACAGCUGUGACGUCUGUGGUAAAACUUUUAGCCAGGCUGGCAGUUUAAGAGGUCACCACAGGACCCACACUGAAGAGAAGCCCUACAGCUGUGACCUCUGUGAUAAAACCUUUAGCCUGGCUAGUACUCUCAAUGAUCACCGCAGGACACACACUGAAGAGAAGCCCUACAGCUGUGACCUCUGUGAUAAAACCUUUAGCCUGGCUAGUACUCUCAACGUUCACCGCAGGAUCCACAAUGGAGAGAAGCCCUACAGCUGUGACCUCUGUGGUAAAACCUUUAGCAUGGCUAGUACUCUCAAUGAUCACCACAGGACCCAUACUGAAAAGAAGCCCUACAGCUGUGACCUCUGUGAUAAAACCUUUAGCCUGGCUAGUACUCUCAACGUUCACCGCAGGACCCACACUGAAGAGAAGCCCUACAGCUGUGACCUCUGUGGUAAAACCUUUAAAAAGGCUAGCCAUUUCACAGUUCACCGCAGGAUCCACACCGGAGAGAAGCCCUACGGCUGUGACCUCUGUGGUAAAACCUUUAGCCAGGCUAGUAGUCUCAACGUUCACCGCAGGACCCACACUGGAGAGAAGCCCUACAGCUGUGACCUCUGUGAUAAAACCUUUAGCCUGGCUAGUACUCUCAACGUUCACUGCAGGACCCACACUGAAAAAAAGCUCUACAGCUGUGAUGUCUGUGAUGAAACCUUUAGCCAUGCUCGCAAUUUCACAGCUCAUCGCAAGAUCCACACUGAAGAGAAGCCCUACAGCUGUGACCUCUGUGGUAAAACCUUUGCACGGGUUGACAGUUUCACAGUUCACUGCAGGAUACACACAGGAGAAAAGCCCUACAGCUGUGACCUCUGUGAUAAAACCUUUAGACAGGCUAGUACUCUCAACGUUCACCGCAGGAUCCACACUGGAGAGAAGCCCUACAGCUGUGACCUCUGUAGUAAAACCUUUAGACUGGCUAGUACUCUCAACGUUCACCGCAGGAUCCACACUGGAGAGAAGCCCUACAGCUGUGACCUCUGUGGUAAAACCUUUCGCCAUGCUGCCAGUUUAAGAAGUCACCGCAGGAUCCACACUGAAGAGAAGCCCUACAGCUGUGACCUCUGUGGUAAAACCUUUAAAAAGGCUGUCCAUUUCAAAGUUCACUGCAGGAUCCACACCGGAGAGAAGCCCUACAGCUGUGACCUCUGUGGUAAAACCUUUAGCCAGGCUAGUGCUCUCAACAUUCACCGCAGGAUCCACACUGGGGAAAAGCCCUACACCUGUGAAUGCUGCGAUAAAGCCUUCUCUACCUCAGGUACUUUGAAGAAUCACAGCAGGAUCCACACAGGAGAGAAGCCCUACAGCUGCCCACACUGUGACUACUCAGGUAAAACAAAUGGCAAUCUGAAGAGUCACCUGCGUAUCCACAAUAGAAAAGACCCAAAGCAGUGAUGUGUGUGGCCAAGCUGACCCAGCAGUCACCACCUGAGAGAACUUCUGUAUGACCCACAGCUGGAAGAACUACUGGCCUGCACCUACUGGGACAGCACAUGCAGUAACACCAGAUCUACAGUCCAACAUGACUGCACACACACAGGAAAUGAUACUCUACCCCUGUAACGAUGGAGGGGAAGCUGUGUCAGACUGGGUAGAAACCUGGUCAACUCUGGCUGACACCUUUCUGUUCUGAAGCAACUGAAUUCAAGCACAUAUAAUUUUCUGUUGUUGUUUUAAAGGAUCUGGUAUUGUAAAUAUAGAAGAUGUUGAGGGGCGUGUGGGUUGUUCCAAACACACCAUGAAAUGUAUUUCCUGUGAUCGUAGACUUGGUGGUUCUGAUGUACAGGGUUACUGUGUCUCUCACCAAGUGAUCAUUUGCUAUGGUUUUUCAGACCAUACGGAAUAUGCUUCAGACAAAAACGACUAUGUUGAAUCUGUCUAUAUUUACUCUGACUAUAUUGAAUUCCUGUUGUUCUAUGAACUUUCUUUCUGCUGUUCUUUCUACAUACACUAGUUGUUGCUUUGGAUAAAAGUGCCUGCUAAAUGAAUAUUCAUUGCUUCACGUCGAUACUUCAUUAUCACUUAGAUUCAGUCUGUUAGCUUUGGUGGUAAAGCCUUUUGUCAAACUGAUUUGAAAAGUA